UCUAGUCAGAUAUAAUCUUGAAUCCGUACAGUGAACACACACCGAUCGUCCUUAUCUUUUUUCUUAUCAAUCUCGCGAUAAAAAAAACCGUAGUAAAUGGUACGUAUAUAAGCGAGUGAUAACCGUCAUUCAUUCGUUCGAAGUGACAAGUGCUAUUUUUUUAAAUGCUGACUAUGGAGGAAAAUUGUCGUCAUUUGACGACCAGUGACAACGAUGCAAGAUAUUCCGUACCUGAUAGUCCCUUAGACUUGAGAGGGUCCACAAUAGAAUCUCCAGAAGUUAAACAAGAAAAAGAGAAAUCGAAAAAAUCCAGUCAUCAACUCAUAAAACCUCCCUAUUCUUACAUAGCUUUAAUAACGAUGGCGAUAUUACAGUCACCUCAUAAAAAAUUAACUCUAAGCGGUAUAUGUGAAUUCAUAAUGUCAAGAUUCCAUUAUUAUAGAGAAAAAUUUCCAGCUUGGCAAAAUUCUAUCAGGCAUAAUCUUUCGUUGAAUGACUGUUUUAUUAAAAUUCCUAGAGAGCCGGGGAAUCCAGGAAAAGGAAAUUAUUGGACGCUGGAUCCUUUAGCGGAAGAUAUGUUCGACAACGGAAGCUUUUUAAGAAGAAGAAAAAGAUACAAAAGACCUUCACCGAAUAUUAUGUUACGCGAUCAUCACGCGUCGGCGAUGGUAGCUUCGUUUCUCUCAAGUCAAGAAAAUUAUCAUCACAGCAUUUUCAGCCAUACUAGUAUGCACAAUCCUUACCCUUAUAUUCCAGGAAUUCCAACAAAUCUCCCUACAAAUCUACCGUUGUUAAGUCCUAUAGAUUUAUCGAGAAUAAGUCUCAGUCAUCUUGGUUUGUUACCUCAACCUACGAUCUGCAAACCGGUGCCUGUUCAACCAUCUAGUGUUACUACAGUUUCCGAUUCAGAAGAAUACGGUACAACGGACAUUAAGAAAAUUAAACCAGGAUUUUCAAUAGACUCCAUUAUGGGGCAUGAAGGUAAUAGGAGCAAAAAUGAUAUGAGUCCUGACAUAACGCUUACAAAAAUUCACAACCAUGGAUCUGCGUUUUCUCCGUUAUCUUCUAGUGACGAUUGGACGAGGUGAAAUAUUCAAGAUUUUUUGUAAAGGUCCUGCAGCUAAAAUGAACACUUUCUACUAAAGCGCUUCCGUAUAGUCAAAUGGAGCAUUCACUGAAAAAUACUUCAUAGGUUACGUGGAGAAAUUGUUAAUUAAAGCAAAACAAACGACCAUAAAAUUGUUAAAAAUGUAUGGGAUCGUGAAAGAUUAUUUACACCAGUUAUGGAAUCAAUCAUUAAUCAUUUUCUUAUAAGAAAUGAAGUAAAGAAAUCAUAAGAAAUUAAAAUUUUUAAAACUCGCUUUAUCACAAAAAUCUUCUGUUAGCUGCCACAUAGCAAAACGAGACCUAAUUGACCAUAUGCAAACAAAAUUGGUGAUAAAAUUUCAACGCCUCACAUAUUUUGGACGAUGGUUAUUAAGUUCUAUUAAAAUUCAUAUACAACCAAGAAAAAUUCGGUUAUUUUUAUACCCGUGUUUUUUUGAAAUGUGCCAUAAUUUUUUCAUAUUUUGACGAUAUAUGCUAUUUUCAUAAUAUAGAAUCCUCUAUGUAAAUAAAAAUUAUUUCAUUGAAGAUAAUGUAUUCCAAGUGAUGAAGAAACAGUUGUUCUCAAAUAAGGAGUGAACUGGAUGUUUUCAGAAACAUCUUUACAUGUGUUCACUAAGGACUAAAGAAUAUACUUAUGAGUUUUUGUUUUUUAUUUAUGUAAUUCUCCAAAAUUUUCUAG